AUGGGGAAAAAAGAUAUGGCAGGGCUUUUUGAUCUGACUGGUAAGGUGGCUUUGAUCACCGGUUCCAGCAAAGGCAUAGGUCGCGCAAUUGCGGAAGAGAUGGCACGGCAGGGUGCCCAGGUAGUGAUCUCCAGUCGUAAGGCGGAUGUUUGCCAGGAAGUGGCUGAUGCCAUCAACACGGAACUUGCAGGGCAGCCCGGUGGCGCUAUUGUGAUUCCGGCAAAUGUGGGCCGCAAAGAAGAGUUACAGCGACUGGUCGACGAAACCCGUGCGCAGUUGGGCAAGAUCGAUGUACUGGUGUGUAAUGCCGCCGUGAAUCCUUUCUACGGCUCAAUGGCUGAUCUGCCUGAUGAUGCCUUCGACAAAAUUCUCAGUGUGAACAUUCAAUCGAACCAUUGGCUUGCGCAGAUGGUGGCGCCCGAAAUGAUAGAACGCGGCGCGGGCUCUAUUAUUAUCGUGUCCAGCGUGGGUGGCUUGAAAGGCAGUCCUGUGCUGGGUGCGUACUGCAUAUCCAAAGCUGCUGAUCUGCAGUUGGUGCGCAACCUUGCGGUUGAGCUUGGUCCACACAACAUUACUGUUAACGCGAUAUCACCGGGCCUGGUGCGGACCGAUUUUGCACGGGCGUUAUGGGAGAAUCCGGAGAUUCUCAAAGAACGUACGAAAGGGGACCCGCUGCGACGUAUCGGCGAGCCUCAGGAAAUUGCCGGCUCAGCAGUCUACCUGGCAUCAGCAGCGGGCUCGUUUACCACCGGCCAGAAUAUUGUGGUCGAUGGUGGUGGCUUUAUGCUUCUGGCGGUGGGUACCGUGCUGGCGGCUGCAGUUUUUUUUCUUGGCAUCAUUGCCUUCGCAGUGAGCAUUUCGAAAAAGCUGCCGUCCGAGCGUAGUGCGGUUCUGAUUGGCGUGUCCAUCAGCGUAGUGAUUCUGGCGCUGAUGGGGUCUCAAUUCAUGACCGCACAGUCCGUGCCAGCGAUUCACAAUAUUUCAACCGACACACAGGACCCGCCCGCGUUUGACAAAAUUGUUGCGCUGCGCGGCGCAGACUCAAAUCCUCUGGACUAUGACGCAGAAAAGCUUGCCGCCGUUCAGCGCGAAGCUUACCCCCAGGUGCAAUCAUUGAUUACCGAAGUGGCGCCAGGCGAAGUGCUUAAUCGGGCGGUGACUGUUCUGCAAGAUAUGGGACUUGAGAUUGUUGACACAAAUGCCGCCGCUGGUCGCGUGGAAGCAACAGAUACCACCUUCUGGUUUGGUUUCAAAGAUGAUGUCGUGGUACGCGUGCGUCCGGAAGGCAGCGGUAGCAUCGUUGAUGUGCGCAGUGUUUCUCGCGUGGGUCAGUCCGAUCUGGGUAAAAACGCGGAACGUAUUGGCUUGUGCCUCGCGCUCGUUUUUUUAUCCCAGCUUAACUAUGCCGAAAAGAUUGCCGUGGCCGGCAAGGUGCAACCGUUGCAAAAGCCUGUUGUUGUUGCUGCUCCCGAAGCGGGUACGGUCGUAGAUGUGCUGGUUGCCAAUGGGGAUAUCGUUGUCAAGGGGGCGCGAUUGUUCAGCCUGAACCGGGCUGUACAUGAUCUCAGUGGGCGUUCCGCCAACUUCAGGGUGGCUCAGUCGAUACAAGCGCAAUUGCGCAGUUUACGUGCCACCCGAGCGGAGUAUGUCAAAACCCAGGCUCUGGAAGAGCAACUGUUAAGAGAACAGCUGUCUGCGACUCAGGCUCAACAAGCCAGUGCACGUGGCCAGACGUUUCUGUUGUCUCGGCAGCUAGAUAUAUCCAGCAGACAAUUACAGAAAGCACAGCGACUCGCGGGUGAUGGUUGGUUGAGUGAGCAGGAUCUUGAGCAAAGUCAUCAACAGCAUUUUCGCGCUGAGGAAGCGCUGCUGUUGGCGCGUCGGGCUGUGGAGGCGCUGACAGCUGAUGCUCUGGGACUGGAUACGCGCAUUACGCUGCAACAGCAGAAAUCGUUAUUGCGUCAGGCUGAAUAUGACAUGGACGUGCAGCAAUUAGAGCUGCAGCUGGUUGCUGUACAGCGUGAUGAUUUCAGGCUGGUGAAAGCACCCGUUGCGGGGAAGGUAGAUGAUUUGCUGCUGCAGCCUGGUGAGCGGAUCAGUGCAGGCAAGCCUGCCCUCACGCUUGUUCAGCAGAGUGAUCAAGCUCAGCAGGUGUUGCUCUCAUUACCCUCCACCGCAGCCGGCCGUGUAGCCGUCGAUAUGCCUGUGCGUUUGCGUUUCAGUGGCUUCCCCUAUCAGCGUUUUGGAGUUGGGGCCGGGACUGUGCGUCAGAUCAGCAGCGUCGCAGAUGCAGCCCAACCGAUUUAUCGCGUCUGGGUAGACGUUCAGGCAUUGCCUGAAGCGAUAGGGACGCUGCCGGCAGGUAUGUUGGUUGAAGCGGCGACGCCCAUAUAUCUGCAGGACACGCGUAAUGAAUGUGGUCUUGCGUGUCUGGCCAUGGUGGCACAUAUCUACAAUGCUGACAUCGACCUGUACAGCUUGCGACAUCAGUUUGCGGGCUCGGUGCAGGCGUUAUCACUGCAUUCGCUCAGCCGGAUGGCUGCGCAACUGGGUUUGCAGGCGAGGGGAAUCCGCUGUGAGCCUGAUGGCCUGAAACAACUUAAGCGUCCGGCAAUAUUACAUUGGCAGAUGGAGCACUUUGUUGUGCUUGUUGCGGUGCGCGCCAGAGGCUGCGUGAUCCACGAUCCGAAUCUGGGGCGGGUGACUUGUUCCUGGCAGGAAGUGAGCGAGAAGUUCACCGGAGUGGCGUUGGAGCUAUGGCCUGAUGUCGGCGGUAUGACCUCACAACCGGUUGCCCACCGUCUGGGCUGGAAACAGCUCUGGACGUUAAUGCAGCGUGGCCGUGGACAAUUCUAUCUAUUGGUUUUGCUUACGCUGGCGUUGCAGAUUCUGGUUCUGUUGGGGCCCUGGCACGUCCAGUGGACUGUGGAUGAUGCGCUGCUCAGCGGUGACAAAACACUGAUCAGUGUUUUGUGUAUGGGGUUUGGGCUGUUGCUGUUAUUGCGCGUGGCUGCCCAUCUGCUGCGGGGCCUGGUGAGUCUGCGGCUGGGUUUUACGCUGUCGUUUUAUCUGGGUGGCUACCUGCUACAGCAUCUUCUGCGUCUACCUAACGGUUGGUUUGAAUCCCGUCAUGUUGGUGACGUGGUUUCCCGCUUUGCGUCGCUGCAACCCGUACGCGACCUGUUUACCCAGGGUUUGGCGGUGAUGCUUGUGGAUGCGGUCAUGGUGGUGCUCAGCCUGUUGAUGCUGUUUGUAUACGAUCCGGCAAUAGCGCUGGUUGUAUUGGCAACACACAGCUGUUUUCUGCUGUUACAGAUGCUGGCGACAGGGCGCUUGCGCCAACAGACCCUUGGGGUGGUAGUUGCGCAAGCGCAGGAACAGUCGCACCUUAUCGAAAGUGUCCGCUCUAUCUUUAAUGUCAAAGCUUACCAGCAGGAAAGUUCUCGUUUAGCCCAGUGGCAGAACCUGCAUGCAAAAUCGUUAAAACAGGCGUUAGGACUGCAACAGACCCAGUUAGGCCUUGGUGUCGGUGCCAUGUUUGUCGGUGGCGCCGAGUUAAUCGUAGUGAUUUAUCUGGCAGCACAUGCAGUUCUUGCAGGCAGCUUAACCGUUGGUAUGUUGUUUGCGUUUUUAAGUUACCGAAGUCACUUUACUGAGCGGUUGCGAAGCCUGGUUGACCAGUGGCUUAACCUGCGGGCAAUGACCUCCCAUCUCGAGCGACUUGCAGAUAUCUGGUUUGCUGCCCCGGAGUUAUCAGCUUCUGAAGGCAGCGUGGACCUGGCGCCCGCUAUGCGAAUCCGGGAGGCAGGUGCGCUGGCUCUGGACGCGGUGGACUUCCGCCACGAUGAGUGCAGCGCCUGGUUGUUGCGGGGCGCAAACCUUCAGGUUGCGCCGGGCGAAUGGGUUGCCAUUGUCGGUGAUUCAGGAACCGGUAAAACAACACUGUUGAAAUUGUUGAUGGGUUUUGUGGCGCCGUGUGCGGGUCAGGUUCUGAUAGGGCAAAGCCCGCUGCGCGGUCCAAUGGUGCAAUCCCUGCGCCAUCACAGCGCCUGUGUCAUGCAGGGUGAUACGUUUUUCAGCGGCAGUAUCAUGGAAAAUAUUGCGCUGUUUGAAACCCCGGACCUGCCCCGCGUGUUGGCCUGUCUGGAGGCGGUGGGUAUGCGUGAAGUCAUUGAGCUGAUGCCGCUGAAACAUCUCAGUCCGAUAGGGGAUCUCAGCAGUGGCCUGUCAACCGGUCAGAUGCAACGGCUGGUGCUGGCACGAGCAUUGUAUCGCCAGCCUGAUUAUCUGUUUCUCGAUGAGUACAUAUAG